GCUCGAUAUAAAUCUUGACCUUGGCAAGCGUUUUUAACUGACAACCUUUUCUCAAAUGAUGAACUCAGAAUCACGCAACUCAAAUGUGGCUCCAAAGAAGUUCGAUUUUAUGGAUAUCUUCUCCGAAUCUUAUUCAUUAGCACAAAAACGUAAUCAAGUGAACAAUGCAAGGGUUUUAGCUUUGCUUCCGGAAUUAGAUUCACAAAACACUGAAGUGGAUCCUCAAGAGGAAUCUAAUGUAGACCCUGAAUCUGACUUCAUUGGUCCUUCACCAGAAGAUUUAGUUACUGAUAAUCUAUAUUACUUACCUAUUACUGAAAAUUUAACUCUAUCUCAUGGUGUUAAACCACUUACUGCAAUUGGUGUCGAUCCAGCAGGUGCUCGUGUUGCUACAGGUGGUUUUGAUUUUGAUGUGAAACUUUGGGAUUUUGGUGGGAUGGAUAGUGCAUGUCGUCCAUUUAAAGCUUUUCGUCCGUGUGAAGAACAUCAAAUCAAACACUUGGAUUUUAGUCCUUCUGGAGAACAUCUUUUAGUUAUAUCUGGUUCCGCUCAAGCUUUCAUAGUUGAUCGAGAUGGAGAAGCUGUAUGUUAUACAAAUAAAGGUUAUCAAUAUAUUACUGAUCCAGCUAGUGCUAAAGGUCAUACUCAUGCAUUACAUUGGGGUAUGUGGCAUCCAUUGGAUUCAAACAAACUACUCACAUGUUCACAGGAUUCAACUCUACGUGUAUGGGAUAUAAAUGAUGCAGAAGCAGUAAUGAAUGAAACACGUAUACCUACGCAUAAAAUUGUCAUCAAAACACGUAAUGCACAAGGACGUAAAACUAGUCCAACAUCAUGUGCUUAUUCAAAAGAUGGUCAAUUAAUUGCUGCAGGUUGUCAAGAUGGUUCUAUACAAAUAUGGGAUACACGUAAACCAUUAGUGAAUACAACACAAUUAUAUCGUACAGCACAUCCAGUAAAUACUGAUAUAACAUGUGUCAAUUGGUCAUGGGAUAGUAAACAUCUAUUAAGUCGUGGUAUGAAUGAUGAUACAAUGAAAUUAUGGGAUACACGUGCGCUAUCUAAGGGAGCUAUUCAUGUAUUUACAAAUUUACCUGUAUUAUUUAAUCAAAGUGAAUUAACAUUUAGUCCAAAUGAUCAUAUAUUGGCAGUGGCUGUUAGUGUUCAACGUGAUAAUCCUAAAAAAGGUUUAAUUAAUUUUUAUAGAAGAGAUAAUUUUGAGUUAAUUAAUCAAUUCAGUCCAAAUCAUGGCAGUGUUAUUGGUUUACAAUGGCAUCAUAGAUUAAAUCAAAUAUUUUGUAGUUCUUCUGAUGGUCUAGCUAAUGUAUAUUAUGAUUCAAAAAUUAGUCAUAAUGGUGCAUUAAUGUGUGCAAAUCGACAAUCCACCCUGUCAAGUCGUCGACGUCAUACUGGUACUGGUGAAGCUUAUAUGAAACCAAUUAUAUUAACUUAUGAUGAAGAAGCUGUACGUAUUGCACGUAAAAAUAAAAAAUAUUUAAAUCAAGUAGAAAUUGAUUCAGAACUUGCAAUGGCUGCUGUAAAUACAAUUUUACAAAAAGAUCAUCAAACUAUACAAGCAGCUAAAGAAGAUGAAGCAAAACAACGUGUACCAAAUCGUGAAGAAUCUGUCGGGAAUCGUGUUGGUAGUUUACAUCAAUUUAUGGUACAACAAAUUGUACUGAGAAAAAAUGAAGCUGAUGAACGUGCUGAAAAAGAUAUACGUGGAGCUAUAUUACGUCAUGCUGAUGAAGCGAAAAAACAACCAUUUUGGACUAGAGCUUAUUUAAAAACACAACCAAACCCGAUAUUUCAUAAUCCAGAUGAAGAGGUGAAAAAAGAUGAUACACCUGUUUGGAAAAAACAAAAAUUAGCAUAGACAGUUUUUUUUUCAAAUUGUGUGUGAAUAAAUCAAUGCACUCCUUUUUUGCUUUUUUUCUGUCUGUCUAUCUCUCUCUGCCUCUCUGCGCCUGUCUCUCUCUCUGCAUCUGUCUGCCUCUCUUUAUAUUCACAUUGUAUCAUACAUAUUGUGUAACAUUUCUUCGAAUAACAUCUAGAAAUAAAUAAAUUUUAUCCUGUUUUUUCAAAAAAAGACAUUUCAACAUUUUUUGUUUUCAACUGUUUUUUUAUUUCUACUUUUUUGAAUGAUGCCAAAUCCAAUGAACACAUCUUGUAAAUAGUUCUCAUUCAAAUUUGCAAGCGUGCGCGCGCGCGCGCGAGCUCUCUCUUUUUGUUUUAAAAAAACAAGAAUGAUUUCCUAAAUUCAAGAUAUGUAUGGGAAAAAAAUGAACAUGUACAUGACGACGUGUAAAACACAUUAAGUUUUUUUGUUUUUUUUUUACUGAUUUUGACAAGU